CCUCCCGCCGGCCUCUGCUUUCCAGAAUCCAAGAUGGCGGGAUCCAGGCAAAGGGGUCCCCAGGCCGGAGCUCGGCCGCUUUUCUGCGCCCUGCUGUUGUCGCUCAGUCACUUCGUCGGGGGCGACGGCGUGGGAGGCGACCCCGCAGCCGCUGGUGCCACGGGCACCCCAGGCAUGCUGCCACAUCGGCGUUUCGAAUACAAAUACAGCUUCAAGGGGCCGCACCUGGUGCAGAGCGACGGGACCGUGCCCUUCUGGGCCCACGCGGGGAAUGCUAUUCCAAGUUCAGAUCAGAUUCGAAUAGCACCAUCUUUAAAAAGCCAGAGAGGGUCUGUAUGGACUAAGACAAAAGCAGCCUUUGAAAACUGGGAAAUUGAGGUGACAUUUCGAGUGACUGGAAGAGGUCGAAUUGGAGCUGAUGGCCUGGCAGUUUGGUAUACAGAAAAUCAAGGCUUGGAGGGUCCUGUGUUUGGAUCAGCUGAUAUGUGGAAUGGUGUUGGAAUAUUCUUCGAUUCUUUCGACAAUGAUGGAAAGAAAAAUAAUCCUGCUGUAGUAAUUAUAGGCAACAAUGGACAAUUCCAUUAUGACCAUCAAAAUGAUGGCGCUAAUCAAGCUUUAGCCAGUUGCCAGAGGGACUUUCGUAAUAAACCGUACCCUGUCCGGGCAAAGAUUGUGUAUUACCAGAAGACGUUGAUGGUAAUGAUCAAUAAUGGCUUCACACCAGAUAAAAAUGAUUAUGAAUUUUGUGCCAAAGUGGAAAAUAUGAUAAUCCCCCCACAGGGGCAUUUUGGAAUAUCUGCUGCAACUGGAGGUCUCGCAGAUGACCAUGAUGUCCUUUCUUUUCUCACUUUCCAAUUGACUGAGCCUGGGAAAGAGCCACCUACACCAGAUAAAGAAAUUUCAGAAAAGGAAAAAGAAAAAUAUCAGGAGGAAUUUGAGCACUUUCAACAAGAAUUGGAUAAGAAAAAAGAGGAGUUCCAGAAGGGUCACCCGGACCUGCAGGGGCAGCCUGCGGAUGAAAUAUUCGAGAGUGUGGGAGAUCGUGAGCUGAGACAAAUCUUUGAAGGACAGAAUCGUAUUCAUCUUGAAAUCAAGCAGCUGAACCGACAGUUAGAUAUGAUUCUUGAUGAACAGAGAAAAUAUGUGUCCUCCUUGUCGGAGGAGAUCUCUAAAAGAGGAGCAGGAAUCCCUGGGCAGCAUGGACAGAUCACUCAGCAAGAACUGGACACUGUUGUGAACACUCAGCAUGAGAUUCUGAGACAAGUAAACGAAAUGAAGAAUUCCAUGAGUGAAACCGUCAGGCUGGUCAGUGGCAUGCAGCACCCAGGAUCCGCAGGGGGCGUUUACGAGACCGCGCAGCACUUCAGUGACAUCAAGGAGCACCUGCACGUGGUGAAGCGGGACUUAGAGAGCCUGGUGCAGCGGAACGUGCUAUCAAAUGAAAGACUGAAAUGCCCAGAACUGCCACCUUUUCCAUCAUGUUUAUCCACGGUGCACUUCGUUAUAUUCGUAGUGGUACAGACAGUGUUGUUCGUUGGUUAUGUCAUGUAUAGGACUCAGCAAGAAGCAGCUGCCAAAAAAUUCUUUUGACCACCAUUUUCAUAUGUGUGCAUCAUGUAUGUAUGUACAAAAUGUUGUCUUUUUGAGGGAAUUGAAGUAUUUAAAUUGCUUCAUAGGCUAAAUUAUUAAAUUUUGUAUAAAAUAAUUUAAACAUUGAUUUACAGUAAGAAUAAAACCUUAAAGACAACCACAUGUAAAUUUGUGCAUAGUACAUAAAAUCUAUUUAAAUUUCAGUGCAUUUCUGGCCAGUAGAACACAGCCACUGGACAGAAUAUUGAUAAAUAAGACGGUAAAUAAUAGAAAAUUGGGGCCAGCCCCGGAUAUGAAAAUUACCCCUAAGUUUCAGAUGCUGGAGGUUUUCCUUUAUUUAACCUAAACACACUUGCCCUCCUGCCCGCCACACAUGAGGUCUAACUAAGAGCUCCCCAUCCUGGUUCUCUCAUAACCAGUCGUUGUAAGAGGUCAGAAUUCCCUCCUGUGACACCCAGGCCCGCAGCCCUUAACCUGCUACCCUUUGGUCUCAGGACAUCUUGUCCGAGAGCCUUAGGGCUGGGUAAGAGCCUCACGUUGUUUAUUGGAGUGUUUCCCUUCUGAUCAUCAAUGUUGUAUUUCACUUUUAAAGGAAAUUUUGGGGGGAAAUUAAGAGCUGCUCUUUGCCUGAAACACCAGUUAGGCGAACACAUUCCUCUCGUGAUAGUUUUUAAGGGUAUUUGCCUGGUAAUGCAUUCAUUUCCUGACGGCUCAUAUUCUUGAACAUCUUCAUUCUGUCGGUUCAAUAUUAUGAAAAUCAUUUUUGCAUUUGUAUUUGUAAUGAACUUACUUCUCCCCUUUCCCUUUUGUACGGCAUAUAGAUUCAGCUCAGAUUGCACGUUCUGGGGAUAUUUUGCUUCACAGACCCCACCACUACAUUCUGGUUUGCAUUACUCUGUACAGCCUGGUGCUUGCAACGCCGCGUACCCAUGUAAAUUAAGGAGGCUGUAUUAGAAGCAGUGUUAAGAUUUUUGAAGGCAAAAAUUUGAAAAAUAGAGUUAAUACUUCUGAUUUCUUUGUUUUAAUGCCAGAACUGAGGAUAUUGCGAAGCAUUUGUUAGUAAGCUUAACCUCGAAAUGUGAGCCUGGAGGGGUUGUUGUAGUUUUCAUACAUAUUCUAGGUACUACAGAAACAGUCUGUAAAUGACAUUUUAAAAUGCACUUAAUUCUGUCUUCACAAGUGAUGUAAACUUAUUUUUGCUGGCUUCAAAAUACUUUUUUAUCUCUUUUAGCUAAAAUGGUGGUUUUACAUUUGUUGUGGGAUGCAAAAUAAUACUGUUUUAUAAAAUAGUACCGUUUAAUUCUUAUAUGCCUUCAUAAAUUUACCCUGAGAUGUCAUUUACAGAUGGAACUGACUGCCUAAAAUCUGUACAAAGACUGUGAGAGACUCUCCCUUCUAGCAAUACCUGACGUGCUAUGUAUACAAACAAUCUUGACAUUGCUUUCUGUCUUAGCACUUAUCCUAGAACACUGAAUGAGAACGUUCUAAUGAUUACUCACUCUAGUCAUUUCAACAUAGAAAAUGCGUCACUAGUGUUUUUCCUUGUAGUCUUAACAUUUUGAAAUUCAUGUUUCAGAGACAUCAUCACAGAAUUUAUUUCAUGAAAAAAUAUUAAUACCAUCAGAAGAAUAUUUAAUUUGUAGACUAUGAACUUGAGAAAUCCUCUUGAGAUUAAAGCCUUCAAAAUGUCCAGUAUUGUAAAAUCCAUGUACCUGAACUUAUUAAAGGAAUCCCAGAUGUACGCAGUACCCAUUUUCAGGCAAAAGUUCGAGAGGAAUCAUUCGAUUAUUUCUCAUACAAAUGGAAAUGGCUGUUAUGAAAAGCAUGAGCAUGAAUCUUUUUUACUUAGUAAUGUAAUUUGCUAAAAAUCACUCGGUAAAGCAGUUUGCACAGGGUAUUUGUCAUAUUAUUCGAAAUUUGAUUUCAUCUCCUCAAAAUCAUUGACUUUAAGUAGCUCAUUUCCGAAGAGAAGUGUUUCCUCUGUGGAAAAAUCAAUCACUGCCAGGAUCCUUUCUUUUCUGUACUGUUUUGUAUAAUUGAAUUUAACUUCUCUCACACCAGCAAGUAUACUACAGGUGCCUUGGAUUAAAACAAAAUCGAUUUUAAAAUUUUAGUGUAAGUGGUGCUUAUGACGCCACUUUUAAAAAGAGAUACAAUGACAUAAUGGUUGGAACCGUUAUUUAAUGUACCUAUUUGUGUUCUAAUUGUGUGGAUGUUUUAUUCAGCUUGAAAUUUUACUAUGAAGCCACAAACAAUAAACAAUAUUUUGGUAUAUAUUAAAGAGAUAUCAGUGUUUGUCACAGGGCGGCCCGAGGACCAGCCGGGUCUUGGAGUGCCUGUUCAGAGCACAGGUCACGGGGCUCCGUUCCAAACCACCUGAAGUGAAAUUCAGGUGUGGAGCUUCAGAAUAUGUUUUCGACAGGCACCUCCAGUGAUUCUGAGCACACUCAUAUUUGCGAACCACUAAGAUGGAGAGUGGAAAAAAAUAAGUGUGGUUUUGUUGGUUUAAAGCUGAGCUCAGAGCAUACUAUAACAUUUUCAUUGUCAUUAGCAAAUAAAUGUGCACUGAUUCUUUUAUACUUAAAAUUUACUUAAUGUUCUUUUUACUAAAACUCUUUGUUUAGUAGCAACCAGAAACAAACCAGGUUGUUUCCUGUAACUCUUGGUACUUUGAUUGAUGGCUUUUAAACUUACAAAAUCAUCUUCAUGGUCAUGGUCAAGCCAUGAAAACUCCUAUCUUCACGUCUGCCUGCUAAAGCUUUUUGCUUUCCUGAUGGCGAUUUUUGUGACAUUUUAUCUCAGACCAUAGUACUUUUUGAUAACUUGGGGAAAACAAAAAUUACUUGAAUAAGGGAUUGCCAGACCCACCGCAUCGCAGACAGUCUUUAUAAAGAACAUGGUAACUGUUGUGAAUGUUAAGAUGUGAUUAUCUUUUCCUGUCCAUGUGCUUUUGCAGGGAGGUAGUGAACAAAUGAUUAUAUUGGGGAAUUUUUUUAUUUAUAAGAUCUAAUGUGAAAGCAUCACUUGCAACUUUUUAGAUCUGUAUGUUGCCUGUUUAAUAUAUUUCUUUUAAAGUUUAAAGAAGUUUUCUAUCCACUGUUAAUUUCAAUUGGAUAACAUUUUUUGUCAAGUGUUUUUUUCUGAUUGUUAUUUGAUGCUAGCUGGAAUUCAAGAAAUGACAUUGACCUUAUUCAAAUAAAGAAAUAUUUUAGUAAA